AUGCACACCAAUGCCCGAUCAAUCGUUGUUCCAGGUACAGAAUCUGUCAGCAGUACACCGCCAGUCCCACCGAGACGGAAGAAGCGCAAAGCGAAGGUCGCGGCAAUUGCAAAAUCUCCGAAAGGAACGUCACCGACUCGUCUCAGAAAACCAGACAAAAAACGUUUGGCGCCACCGCCUCCGCCGCCUCCGCCGCGAGCAGUCCGAAGGAUCAAAUCUCACGUCGCCAAAGAUCAGGCAGAAGAAAGGACGUCGAACUCGCAGACAGUAGGCGAUGCGGAAGAAACGCUAAAUAGUCUAAAUUCGAACGAGACGGGGGAAACUUCUCAGCCGUCGUCCUUGCACCUCGAGGAUGCUGAUUCGGUACGGAUCGAGAAAGCGAGUAAAGAUGAAAACGAGAAAGUCGACAGCUGUGGUUCAACCAGUGAGACAAAGUCGCCGCACAAACGUCCGUUUGUAUUCGAGACUUUCGCUAGGAAGGAGACGAACAAGUACCCGCCGCUGUUCUUCACUUUGCACGAUUUUCAAAAUGUGAUGUCCAACACGAUGCAGCGUGAAGACGUUUUUAAUGACGAGUCUUCCGCGAAUUUUAACAGCUCCUUUCACGAUUCCUUUCGCAACUCCCUUCGCAACUCCUUUCGCGAAUUUUUCGAGAGAUCGUUAGACGACGAGGAGGACGACUUGUGUUUCCGCGUGACCACCACGAACCUUCCAUUCGAGAAAUGUUUGGACACAUGGACCGCUACAUUCAACGAUCGUUUGACCGAGAAUUUCGACGUACCGAGUCGUUUUAUUUUCGAAGAUUACGUCGAUAGAAGUAACAAGGUAAAUAUCCGACGAUCGGCUGGCCCGAUGUGUUACGACAGCUUUGAAGAGGUACCAACGGUACCUCGGUUAACCAAAGUGAGGUUCGUGAUCGAAUCACCUAGCUCAUCGACUUCAGAUCACGAAUUGAACAACGAUGGCGAGACCACGUGCGACAGUUUGCAAAAUAUCGAUCCCCUGACAGAUGAGUUCUCUUCCGUGAAAUUAACUGAGGUCACGAACGAUAUGGAUUGCACGGACAUGAAUAAGGCUUUUGGUCAGGUACAAGAUUUCCAGCAGGAGGAUCAUGACGAGUUCGGUGAUGUACCUUUUAGUUCCAUUUUGAAAACAGGGGACAGUUUGGAUCGGUGGUAUUCCCUGGACGAUGCCACGAAUUUUAUCAGGGCGAUCGACAAGGGAUCUUUCGGCCAGGACGAUCGUGGUAAUUCCAACGAUUCGAUCGGCUCUUCGAUCGAGCACGAUUCGCAAGACGAGUCCCUUUGUUCCGAGGAAAAAGUAAAUGACGCGAACGUCAACGAAGCGGAGUCGAGUUUAAUCAAGUUGAAAGCGGAAUGCUGUUCUGUGUUGGCUGAGGUUACAAACGAUUGUUCGGAAAGAGCGCCCGAGGACAACGCUUUUGCGCGGGCUUCAAAUAACUGCACUGCUUCAAAUAACGUGGAAGACAAUAAAAAAUAUCACGAUGAAAAAGAUUUGAAGAGUGGAGCUUCUCAAAAUGAAAAGAACAAUGUAAAACGCGAAGAAAUCAUUUCUGUCGGUACCAAUGCGAUUUCGAAUAACUUUGAUUGGAAAUUGGAAUUAAGAAGAAAUGAGAUAAACGUCAACUUUGCUCAGGAAGAUUCGAUAAUUCGUAGAGACAAGUAUCUAAGGACUGAAAUUAAUGAAGAACAAUCGACAAUAAACGAGACAAAAGUCUUUGAUCAACAAAUAAUAAAAGACAAAGUAGAGAAUAACGUUUUGAAAAAACAUUUAUUAUCAAAUAGAACAGAGACUGAUAUUAGCGAGAAAGUGUCGUCAGCUGAAGAGGAUAUGGAAAUUGACAAACAGCAAUUACAAACGGAUUCAGUCGAUAAAUCCACGGGGGAGUACAGAAGAAAGAUUUUCGUAAACGAAUCGCUUCGAAAUAUAAUGAAUCGUUGUGAUUUCACGUCGAAUGACUUUGCGGACAGCAGUGAAGAUUCUGAUGUGCAAGACGAUAAUUUGGAUACUGGCGAUAUUUGUUUAGGUGAGAGCGAGAGAAAUUUCAAGGACUUAAUUACUAAAGGUGACACGAGACAGGAGACGAAGGAUAUUCCAGUUAGCAAAAGUAAUGAAAAAUUACAAGAUAGUUUUAUAGGUAACGAAUCACUCGAAAAAAGGAAAAGUAUCACUAACCCGGUUAAUAUUCAACGAAACUCUUUUCUGGUAAAUAUGUUGUCUGAGGAUACAGAUCAGAUAUGGACGAGCUGUGAAAUCAUUGCUGUUCACCCAAAAUCACUAGCGAAGUGCGAAGUAUCGAUUUCGAAAGAUGAAGAAGGAAAGAAAUUGGCGAACCGGUUAAACGAAUCGAUAAAAAUGGAUUCAGAGAUCCAGAAAAUUUUACAAGAGUCUAAAGAGCCGUUGAAAAGGGUAGAAACAAUUUUACCAAAGCCGACAACGGUCAAGAAAAUUGGCGAAACGAGCAAGAAAACCACCGGUGAGGUGAAGUGCGAUGUAUUGAACGAGUUGCUCUCCAAUUUUAGUAACAUUAAAUUGAAACCGGUGAAAGACGAGAAGAGAAGUGCCGUUGAAAGUCAUCCGCGAAUUAAAACUUUUUCUCGACAGGAGAACGAUAAGAUGGGAAUCGAACAUAUGUCAGAUAGCCGUACACAGAGUUUGAAAGAUUGUAACGGCAAUUCUUGUGUUGAGACUAAGGGAACGAGCGACGAGUCGAUAAAUCUCAAAGCAGCAACUUCUUCGGUUAAACAGUGGCAGUAUGCUGCCUCUUUGACGACGAGGAAGUUUCAAGAUGACCGGAACAAGAGUAACGAAUCACAAAAAGGGUCUGAAGGGUCCCAAAAUAGUACUGCGAAUAGUACAGAAUCCGUGAAACCGCCAGAGAGCAGCGAGAUUUUAUCAGAUCGUAAAGAAGAGUCUCGAGAGAUAGACUUAAACAGAGUCGGAAGAACGGUUAAGCAGUGGCAGUAUGCUGCUUCUCUGAUGGCGAGUAACUAUAUUCCAGAUGACCGGAAUAAACGUAACGAAUCACAAGAGAGGUCUGAAGAUUUUCAAGAUGAUAUCAGCUUUGUAACUGUGAAUAGAAUAAACAGAGUUGAAAGAACCACGAACGAGGAUUACUCGGAAUUAUCGAGGAACAUGAACGAAGUUCUCGUCGAACCGACCAAAAGCGAUGCUGUCAGAAGAGUGUCUGACGACGAAGCAGGAAGAGGAGGAGCAAGCUCCGUGGAAUGUCUGCAGAUGGUAGGCUGCAGCGCAAAGACUGACGAGUCGCAUAAUCGUGGCGCGUACGCGCGACAGCUAGAGUUAAGCAAGAGUAUGAGUAGCGGCGACAAGAGUGCCAUAGCUAGGAGGAUUUCUCAACCCCAUUGUAAUAAUAAUGACAAUAACAGGGCCGUAACACCCGUAGCUGUAAGUGAUGACCAAUCCCGCGACACUGUAACGAUAACCCCUGGUAGAGUUAGGAGCUUCAUUAAGUACUACGAGAUUCAACACGAGGCGACGACCGACAAUGAUUCUAAAACUAACGAUAGAGUAGAUAAGGACCCGAUGCCUGAACACCAAUCGGUGAUCAGCAUCUGUAGGGGACUGGAAGCGAGGGCCAUCGAGGCUAAGCUCUUCGAAGCGCAGAAAAAGGAUAAUUCUAAAUCGUUGGACACGAUGAAAAAGAAUGAUUAUCGUGGGCUAAUAACGGACCAAGAUUUCGAAAGAUCGAUCGGUUCAGCGAGGAAAGAAGGAAAGUGUGCUGCGAUGGUAGAAAAGUUUGGAACAGAUAACUCGAGUCGAUUAGAUGCUCGUAUUCCGAACAAAGAAGAUGAUUAUGUGGAGAUGAUGAAGCAGAUACACGUGUCACCGAAAUCCAUCGGUGAUUCAAGUGCGCAUCCUGGAACAGUUAAGAGAAAGAAGUCGGUGAAAUUUCAAGGUGGUUUCACCGUGAUCGGUACGGAAGAUCCUGACGAGAAUGAUACCGCGGGGAAUCCUGCGGGUCAGGAUACGAAAUUGUUGGAUAAGAAGAAGAAUCGCGACGGACUGACGCUGGAGCGUAGUAUUCUUGUCGAGAAAGUAGAUUGUGGCGUUGGACAUCUUGGAGAAUUGCUGGACGCUGACUCGCCUUCUUUGGAGAAACGAGAAACUGAUGCUCAGAUGAAGAUUUCAAGUUUACCGAAUUAUAGAACAUCCAGACAAUCGGGAGGUUAUCGGACGCUGAGUUUGCUGCGUCAUCUAGGGGUGAAAAUGGGAACACGGGCGAUCAACAGCAGCCUCUUGCAGAAAGACAUCGCCCUUACCGACGACAUAUAGUCGCUAUCAUUAAAAUCAGACACGGAGUCACCGAUUGAGUUAUUGUCUGUACAAUCAACGGAAUCUCCUCUACCGGAAGCAUGUGUGCCCAGUUAGUAACAUUUCUACUUCGACUAGAUUUUUCAAGUGUGAACCAUUAUCACUCGAACCUAUAUUUAAAUGUAUACAACGACUAACAAAUUUUUAAUACAACGCUAUGUUAUCGAUACAUAUUGUAUCAUAUUGUAUCAGAUUGUAUCAUAUUGUAUCAUAUUGUAUCAUAUUGUAUCAUAUUGUAUUUUUCGUAAGAUAGUUAAGAAGUAUGACUUUUGAAAAUAUUUGUUAAGCAGAAUAUUAUAUAGCGGUAAUGAGUAUUUAAUUUGAAUAUGUAGAACGGAGCAACCCUUUUUACAAACGAAUCUUAUCCUUUUUCAAAUGUUAUUAAUAUUUUAUUUUAUAUUAAUUCAUUCUAUGUAGAAAAAGUUCUGGGUUUACAAUUUAUGGCAUUAACAAUGUAUGAAUUUACUUAUAUAAGAGUGUACUUAUAAAAGAAUUUUUUUUUUUAUAAAAGAUUUCGUUUUCUAAAAAGAUUUUAUAUGUUUUAAUAAAUAGGAAAAAGUAUUUUAUUUAAUAUUUUACUUGGAAAAGAUCUUUUAAAAUGCACCAUUUUCAGAUAUUCCUAUCUGAGAAACUACUGUAUUGCAGUACAAUAAAGUACAAAUAGUAACAGUCA